AUGAAGGAAAAAAGUAAAAAUGCCGCUCGAUCGCGACGAGAGAAGGAAAAUGUGGAGUUCCUGGAGCUUGCAAAGUUGCUUCCACUCCCGAACGCCAUCACGUCACAGCUCGACAAAGCGUCCAUCAUUCGAUUAACCACUUCCUACCUUCGAAUGAGAAAAAUUUUUCCUGAAGGGCUAGGGACUGCUUGGGGCUCGGAACGGAAUCCGUCCAACUUGCGUGAUGCCACCAUUAAAGAGCUCGGUUCGCAUCUACUGCAAACGUUGGAUGGCUUCAUAUUCGUCGUUGCACCCGAUGGCAAAAUCAUGUACAUCUCGGAAACAGCCUCGGUGCAUCUCGGGCUAAGCCAGGUGGAGCUGACCGGAAACUCGAUCUACGAGUAUAUCCACGCGUACGAUCAAGAGGAAAUGUCCGCGAUACUAACGAUGCAACCACAAUUUAAUGUAGAACCUGCGGUUGUUAAUCCACCACAAGAUCAUCGAUUGCAAGUGCCACAGCAAAAUUUGCAUCAAAACAGCCAUCGACACAGCUUCAGCCAGCAACAGCGAUCGUAUGUUAUCGAACUUGAGCGUACUUUUUUCUUGCGAAUGAGAUGUGUACUGGCGAAACGUAAUGCAGGACUAACGAUGUCCGGGUAUAAGGUUAUUCAGUGCUCGGGUUACUUGAAGGCUCGCGUCUUUCCCCAUGAAUCUCCAACCAUGCAAGGACAUUGCUGUGUGCAGAAUCUUGGAUUAGUUGCGGUCGGUCAUUCGUUGUCACCGUCAGCAGCAACGGAGGUCAAGCUGCAGCAAAAUAUGUUCAUGUUUCGAUCCAGCCUGGAUCUCAAGUUGAUCUUUCUAGACGCUAAAGUCUCUCAGCUUACAGGGUACGAGCCGCAGGAUUUGAUAGAAAACACCCUUUAUCAGUAUGUUCACGCGGCGGAUAUUGUCCACAUACGGCAGGCUCAUCAGACUUUGUUACAUAAAGGCCAAGUUACCACGAAGUACUUCCGGUUUCUCACGAAAGGAGGCGGAUGGCGAUGGAUACAAUCUUAUGCAACGAUCGUGCAUAAUACUCGUUCAUCACGACCACAUUGCAUCGUCAGUGUGAACUACAUGCUCAGUGAUAUCGAAGUUCAAAAUUUACUGCUGAACGACAUUCAAGGCGCAGCGAGUGGAUUGCGAACACACAUAGAUCGAUCCCAUUCGUCACCGAUAGGAAUUGUGAAUGAUCUAACCUACCAUCAUGUAGCCCAUGCAGACUUCAACACUGAAACGCAGACACCUUGCCGUAUCCAGCAAGCACCGGCACAGAAAACUCCCCACCAGGCAGUUCAUAAUGGGACGCUAUUUCCGCCCACUCUACCACAACCUGCCAAAGAAACAACCGACAGCUUCCAUCAGCUCCAUCACACGCUAGACUCCAACGAGUGUAUGAUUGCGGAGUUGAAUGAAAAUGGUAAAGAUGACACGUUUCUGUCAAACGAUCUUUGUUACGAUCAGUCGACGCAGUUCUCGAAUCAAACGCAUCUAAGCUAUCCGUUCGAGGACACACAACCCUUUCCGUCGGUAGAUUUUUUGGACCCAUUUUACGAACAGUUUUACGCCACCUAUGAUGCGCAUCCUUCGUCAGAUCCUGAGCUGGUUCUUCGGUCUUCCUCGGUCAGUACAAGCGGCUCGGAUACGACGUAA